GUCAAAAUGAUCCCCACUCUCAUUUGAUUUCAUUGGGAACUGGACGGGCAUACUCUCAUAACGUAUUAUUCAGUCGAAGCGCUAUUCAUCAAGUUGGUAGGUUGCGCCAUCGGGGCGGGCAUAGACGCCUGCUCAGAUCGAUAGAACCUUUGAUCUCCUUGAAGCAUGAAAUAUUUCAAGUCUCUCCUACUUCUCUCUUUGACUAUUUCCUUGGUUCGAGCAGACUUUUUGGCUUCCGCAACAAAGACUCUGCCUGAGUGCGCGGUUAAGUGCCUAGUAUCUGCAGUAUCAGAAUCGACAUGCUCAGUCACAGAUGCAGCGUGCAUCGCCCAUGAUAAAGCGCUGGAGCUAAAAGUUGAAGGGUGCGUAAAAGGAGCAUGUACUAUCAAAGAAGCUUUAGUCACUAAAAACUUUACUGUUUCGGCAUUGGGAUCGCCAAUAAGAGAUAGAACAAAAGAUGUAACCAUUACUGGAUUAACAGGCGGAGCUCUUGCUUUGUUAGCUGUGGGAUUGAGAGUGAUUGCCCGAUUACCCUGCUUAGGUGGUCAAUGGGGAAACGAUGAUUGGGCGAUCCUAGUAGCAAUGUUGCCUGUUAUACCUCUCACCUGCCUGUCAGUUGUUCUCGCAAACGACGGUCUUGGCAAGGAUCUAUGGGCAGUUCCAUUUGAGAAGGUCACCGCGAUAUUACACGUCUACUACUUCGACGAAAUCCUAUACCUCAUGGCAAUCGCCUUGACCAAGAUCUCAAUCCUCUUCUUCUACCUUCGCAUAUUCCCAGAAAAGAACUUUCGCAGAUGCGUCUACGGCGUCAUGGCUUGCUGCGUAAUAUACAUUGUCGGUUUCAUUCCUCCGGUCAUUGCGCAAUGCCAGCCCAUCAACUUGGCAUGGAAACACUGGGAUGGAGAGCACAAAGGGCACUGCAUCAACCUCAACGUGGAAGGAUGGAUCUCGGCGGCUGUAAACAUCGUAAUCGAUGCUAUGGUCAUCGUGCUCCCAUUGCAGCAAAUAGCAAAGUUGAAGCUAAGUCGCAGGAAGAAGUACGGUUUGAUGCUUAUGUUUACGCUGGGACUAUUCGUCACCGUCAUCAGCAUGCUCCGCUUGAAAUGGAUGAUCCAAUUCGCCAAUACGGACAACGUAACCUGGGACUACGUCCCAAUCGGCUACUGGUCCACAAUCGAAGUCCACAUCGGCAUCAUCUGCGCCUGCCUCCCCGCCCUGCGCGCGCUUCAGUUCCGCCUCUUCCCCUCCACCGCCCACGCCUCGCAGUACGUGGACCACUACUAUGGCGCCAGCAAGCGCGGCCACUCGGGCUACAACACGCAAGCUAGCAAUGCCAGCAUAAUCCGUUCCACGGCGAUGAAGAGCGAGCGCGAUAAGGAUAGGACGGACGCGCGGGAGUUUGUGCCGCUGGACAAUUUGAGCGUUGAGAGCAUGAAUGUUGUUCUGGCGGGUAAGGAGGAUCGGGUGGGUGAGACACGAACGCUGGGCAGAGCGGAGAGCGGUGGGAGGGCUAGGAUUGUGGUGAGAAAGGAGUAUAGUGUUGCGGUUGAGGAUGGGAGGGGAACGUUUCUGCAGGAGUAAAGGGGGUUAGUGAUUUCGAGCGGGUUACUUGAUGGGGCGUGUUGGUUAGGUCUCGGGGUUACGGAUAGGGGUAUUUGGCAUUGGGAGUUGGCGAGAAAGGAAACUUGAAAAGAAAUCGGUAGUUCUAUGAGAAAUCGGUAGUUCUAUGAGAAAUGAAGUUCAUUCAUAGGUCUGUAGGGCCUUCGGCUUUAUGGUUUUGAUAGCUCAUAUCAAUCGGGAUCACCCGCUAGCUAUACGAGC